CUUAUUCUGUUGCUGAAAGAAAUACCAGAUACAGACCAAGUAAAAAGCGUCGCCAAUGAUACAUAUAUUGGCUUAUAUACAAUCAGAAUUCCGUUGUUUUUUGACAGUCGUCUACUACUGAAAAUUUAAUGAAAAAUACACACGUUGACGAAAAAGGCUUUUUUCUCUGCCGUCACUGGACCGGGUCCACUCGACGUCCUAUGCACUGCCGAUGUGUUGGACGCCAAAACUGCUGGAAAAACCGUACGUGUAAAGCGGCCUAUUUGAAAUAAAUAACUACCAUAAUGCAGUGUACAGAUUAUUGUAAAGAAAAUAUAAAAUCAAUUACAUA